GGACAAUUGCGGGAAAAACAAGGAUCCGACCAAUGAGAGCGCGGGGAGGGCUGCAGUCGGGGUCGCUCAUCGGGCCUUUAUAAACUUUGUGUACCUCUCCAGAAAAACACAUUUUACCACUCUUCGCUUCACAGCACGCUACAUUUGCACAAAACCAUAAUGCUGCCUCUAGCAGUGUUUGCCCUGUGCCUGGCAGCAGCCCUUUCUGCCCCCAGCCUGGACCCACAAUUGGAUGAACACUGGGACCAGUGGAAGAGCUGGCACGUCAAACUCUACCAUGAGAAAGAAGAGAGUUGGAGGAGGAUGAUCUGGGAGAAAAACUUGAAGAAAAUUGAAUUGCACAACCUCGAGCACUCAAUGGGCAAACACACUUACCGCCUGGGCAUGAACCACUUUGGUGACAUGACUCAUGAGGAGUUCAGGCAGGUCAUGAACGGCUACAAGCAGAAGACUCACAGAAAAUUCAAGGGGUCAUUUUACUUAGAGCCCAGCUUCUUUGAAGCCCCACGAUCUAUUGACUGGAGGGACAAGGGCUACGUCACACCAGUUAAAGACCAGGGUCAGUGUGGUUCUUGCUGGGCCUUCAGCACUACAGGUGCUCUGGAGGGUCAGCAGUUCAGAAAGACCGGCACACUGGUGUCCCUGAGUGAGCAGAACCUGGUUGACUGUUCCAGGCCUGAGGGCAACGAGGGCUGCAACGGAGGUCUGAUGGACCAGGCCUUCCAGUAUGUUAAAGACAACCAGGGACUGGACUCUGAGGAGUCUUACCCAUAUUUGGGAACAGAUGACCAACCCUGCCACUACGACCCCAAGUACAACUCUGCCAAUGACACCGGCUUCAUGGACAUUCCUAGUGGUAGUGAGCGCGCACUCAUGAAGGCUGUGGCAGCAGUGGGACCUGUUUCUGUGGCGAUUGAUGCUGGCCAUGAAUCCUUCCAGUUUUAUCAGUCAGGAAUUUACUAUGAGAAGGACUGCAGCAGUGAGGAGCUGGACCAUGGUGUGCUCGUGGUUGGUUAUGGCUUUCAGGGCGAAGACGUUGAUGGAAAGAAAUAUUGGAUUGUAAAGAACAGCUGGAGUGAGAAGUGGGGAGACAAGGGUUACAUCUACAUGGCCAAAGACAAGAAGAACCACUGCGGAAUCGCUACAGCAGCCAGUUAUCCACUUGUUUAACUACACUGCUCCACUGAAGCAUCCAUAGUCUUUUUUUAUUGCAAUAGUGUGGCUAAAGAGACCUUCCUCUGGUCACACGUUUUUAGCAGGAGAUUCUGCUGAGUUUUAUGAAAGAACACUGUUUUAGGGAAACUGCGCCAUUUUUGUUUUGGCUUGUUUUGUGUUUUUUAUUUAGUGUUAUUUCUUUGUAAAUAUUUUUGGUGAGUGAUGUGUAACACUUGCUUUGAUCAUUGUAUUGAUAUUUUUUUUUUUUUUGGUACUUUACUGUGAUCAAUUAAAUACUUUGAACACUA